AUGCUCUCCUUCCUAACUUCCCGCACCGCCGCCGAGAAAGUUUCCUUUCUUGCCCUCGUUGUCCUUGGGGUCGGAGUCGUCUUUGGGAUAUACCGAGUGGCAAAAUACCGCCAUAUCCCCGGCCCGUGGCCUUGUCGGAUUUCCCAUCAUUACAUUGCUCUUUUCGAGCUAUUUCGCCAGCGCCCGCAAACCAUUGCCAAAUGGCACCGGAAGUACGGCCCCUUCGUUCUUAUUGCCCCUGGGCAAGUCUCCAUAUCGGAUGUAAACGCUAUGCGGGAUUUGUACAGCAGCUCUAAGCGGAAUGGGAAGAGUGACUACUUCGACCACUUCAUCUAUCACAACGCACGCUCCAUCUUCGCCGAGAAGCCGUAUGAAGAACACCGACGCAAGAGGGCACUGUCUUCUGCAUUCUACCAGGCCACUUCCAUCUACAAGCCGGAUAUCCAAGAGCCACUCCGCAAAGGUGCGCUCGCGAUUGUGGCGCUGAUCCAAGAAAAGAUCAAGCUGGACAGUGUCAUCGAUGUCUUCCCCAUCAUCAAUCACUAUGCCUGGGACAACAUUACGGCAUUGGUGUUUGGGCCAAGGCACUGCUCCCACGCAAUUCAAGGAGACGAGAGCGAUCGCGAUAUCCUAGCGAGACUGAAGAACAACGAGCUGUGGAGCUCCGUCAAGCACAACCUUCCUCUCGUUUAUGGUGUCAUGGAAAUGGCAAUCGCCAUUUAUACCGGUUCAUCGAGGUUCUUCUCUGCGGAGCGAAACCUGGACGCAUGGGCAAUGCAACGCGUCGAUCAAGCAAUGGCCGACCCUCUGGUUUCAUCCGACUGGUCAGUGAUCCGCCUGCUCCAGGAUCUCCGGAGCGCAGGCCGCCAACUCUCGGACGACUACGUGGCCUGCGAGGUGAUCGAUAAUUUGCACGCUGCCCAGGCUACCGUGACUGUGGCGCUGACUUAUGUCGUCUACCACCUGAGUCGAAACCCAGAAUGGCAGGCGUUAGUCCAAAAGGAACUCGACGACCUGCCCCGAGAGGAGGAUGGUCUUCCAGUCUGGACUGCUCUCGACAAAUUGGCCAUUCUCGACGCGUGCAUUCGAGAGUCAUAUCGUCUCAACCCUGUUUCAAGCGGCCGAGCUGAGCGAGUCUUGGUAAAAGACACCUGGUACGGCCAUAUGUACCUCCCCAAGAAUACUAUUGCCUCGGCUUCGACCAUUGCACUGCACCUCGACCCGACAACAUUCCCCGAACCCCUCGUAUUCAACCCACGGCGCUGGCUGGCCACGUCGCCCGAGGGGUUCUUGACACUAGAUCGAUCGUUCAUCCCCUUUGGAUACGGCGCUCGACUGUGCCUGGGUAAGGCGUUUGCGACGCUCCAAGUCAAGAUGCUUGUGGCCGCCAUAUUCCUCACUUACAGCACGAGGUUGGAUGACCCGGAUCGGGUGAUGGAACAGUGGGGCACUCAGGAUGCCCUACCAAAGGGUCUGCAAUGCAAACUUCAGUGCCAGAAGAGGCCGAAUAUCUGA